CUUCCCAUCCUUUUGGCGUUUAAUUUUGUUUCCUCGUAGAGUACGUAGACUAAUUGAGCUACGAGGAAUGUUGGAAUAGUCUUUAGCUCUGAGAGAAAUGCGCAGGUCGAAAUUUGUCACCUACGCAGUACAUGCGCGCCGGGAUAACGUACGCAGUCAAUGCAGGACGCGUUGUCGCUGCUGUAAACAAUUGUAUUUCUGGAGAAUUGUGUCUACCCAAUCCCAGCUCCGAUCGAAAUUCUCCGCGACCUUUUCUUGGCGUUAAGAAAGCGUCCAGCCGAAGGUCUUGCGAACGAAAUGAUUGACGGAAAACAAAGUAAAAAUCUAGAAAAUCUGAUCUCGCUGCUCCAUGAAACUCGAGUAUCAGAAUUAGGCUCCCGGCGGUCGUCCGGGCGGGCGUUCAAGGUCACCCGGUGGACAAAACGGUCCCCGCGCCAUUUUCUUGCAUCCGCCGCUGGGGUCGAGCAAGAUCGACAGAGCUCCGAAGACGGUGAGUGGAUCAAUGCGCGCCUACAUUCCUUCGUUGCGCUGCGACGAGUGCCGUAGUGCCCAGCUCCCUCGAGGCCCUGGCAAGCUCGAAUGAUCGAGCGGAGUUCGAAGCCCAUGCAGCUCGUCGCGCAGUCCGAGCACGGGGUUUGUUGAGGUAAGCUUGAAUCGAAAUUGUCGAGUCGAGUUUCAUGUCAUCGGGCGAGAUGGACUCGGAGGGAGACGCUGUUUCGUCUUCCGAGGACACCGAAGGAUCAGUCGUCGUUGAUUUGCCGUUCGCAUUUCAAACGACGGCUCCGCCGACUUCCCGAGGAGAUCGCAUCCAGAGCAGGAGCAAGCGCAACUGCUGGCUGCCGUUCCCGCCUGGACCACUGAGCCCGCCCAAUGGGGAAAGAAGCUUUCAGCUGAAAAAUUCGAAGGUCGCGGUGGACCCAUCGCCGGACAGGGUCCGAACGUACGAGAUUUUCGUCAAGAAUUUGUUCUACAAGUUACCGCCUCGCAGACAAUCGAAGUUCGAGGGCGUGAGGGAUUUCAUCCAGAGAUUGAGAUGCGGCCCCCCGAAGGAAGACGCGCCGCCUAAGGAUAAACUCGAUCGCUAUAUUUUGAGGAAUAUAAACUUUGAGGCGAAGCCCGGCGAGCUUCUGGCUGUGGCAGGUCCCAGCGGUGCCGGGAAGUCGACUUUGCUCGAGGUGUUGGCGGGCCGUGUGAAACCCACGAGUCCGCCGGGAUGCAUCCUCGUCAACAAUCAAGUGGUGAAUGUGCACCAAUUCCAACGAGUUUCGGGCUAUGUCAUGCAAGACGACGCCCUCUUCCCCUGCCUGACGGUAAUGGAAACUCUUCUCUUCAGCGCGAGGCUGAGGCUCCCGGCGACGAUGCCGUAUGCGGAAAAGCUUGCCCGAGUCAAGACCAUCAUGGCCGAGCUGGGGCUGGACCAUGCAGCGAACACGAGAAUCGGCGACGAGCUAAAUCGAGGAGUCUCGGGCGGAGAGAGGCGGCGGGUGUCCAUCGGGGUGGACCUCAUUCACAAUCCCGCCGUGCUCUUCCUCGACGAGCCGACCUCGGGGCUCGACAGUGCAGCGGCCGUGAACAUCGUGGAGAUGCUCAGACUCAUGGCGGAGUCCCACAGCCGCACCGUCAUUCUCAGCAUCCACCAGCCGAGCGUUCGCCUUCUUCAGCUCAUGCACUCCGUUCUCCUCCUCGCCGACGGGAUGGUGGUGCACCACGGAUCGCUGGAGCUUCUGGCCGUGCGGCUCGAAGCUCAGGGCCACGAGAUUCCACCCCAAGUCAAUGUUCUGGAAUACGCCAUGGAUGCCAUCAAUUCCAAGGAGGCCGACGCCAUCAAAGCCCAGCACGCCACGGGCGUCAAUCUGCCCAAACUGAAAGACUUCUUGAAUGGCAACGACGAGAGCUCGGUACAAGCCUGGGACGAUCUGGAAUACCAGGAGUAUCUGAAGCGCGCCUGGGGAUCGGAAGACGACUGCGGGCCGGAGAAGGUCACGUAUGCCAACUCCAGCUAUCAGGAGGUGGUGGUUCUGGCGCAGCGGUUCUUCAAAAAUAUUCUUCGCCCCAAGGAGCUCUUCACAGCGCGGGCCGUGCAGGCUCUGUGCGCCGGCGUGUGCCUGGGGACGAUUUUUCUCAAAGUGGAGAAAGAUAAAGCAGGAGCUUCAGAACGAUUGGGAUUUCUCGCCUUCACUCUGACCUUCUUCCUGUCCGGCACCACGGAGGGGCUGCCGAUUUUCCUGCAAGAACGACACAUUCUCAUGCGGGAGACCUCCCGGGGGGCGUACAGAGUUUCGUCGUACGUGCUGUCUAAUCAGAUCAUUUUUGCUCCAUUCUUGCUCGCGAUGGGACUCAUGUACAGCAUUCCGGCUUAUUGGCUGGUUUAUCUUUACCCGACGGCCACGGCGUUCCUCUUCUUCUGCCUGGUUAUGUGGCUCGUUCUACUCAUGGCGAAUGCCUUCGUCUCGUUCUUCGCGGCCAUAUCGCCGAACUUUAUCAUGGGAAACUCCCUCAUUGGCGCGUGCAUGGGAGCGUUUUUCCUCUUCUCUGGAUUCUUCAUCGCGAAGGACAAGAUUCCCGAUUACUGGAUUUGGAUGCAUUACAUUUCGCUGUUCAAAUAUCCAUUCGAUGCUCUUCUCAUCAACGAGUACGAGAACCAGUUGGACACCUGUUUUGUGCCGGUCGACCCCACGACAGGGUUUUGCGCGUGGACCGGGAAGCAGGUGCUGAGAGACGCUGGUGUGGACCACAUGCAAAAAUGGAUGGACGUGGGGAUAAUGAUCGGCUUCGUCCUAGCUUACCGAGUGCUGUCCUACUUCUUCGUCGCUUGGAGACUCUCUCGUCGCCGGCGAUGAUCGAACCGACCGUGCACCAACGGCGACCAUUCUUUGCUUAGUUAGUCGAUACAGUAGUUGUUCUAGAGCGGGGUGGAAGAGGCGUAGCACGGCUUAUCUCGCCUUCUCUCCUGAUUAAAACGAUUCAUUUCUCUAGUGCGAGGAUGUAGAUUAACAUAAGGCACGAACAGUUGACAGCAGCAGGCCUCUGAUAGGGAAAUAACGAGAAUAAACGCGAAUAAUUACAGUCCGGCGACCCAGCUACAAAUCUUAUCAACCUGUGGACGAAACACGCCAUUAAAUACUUGACAGAUUGUAAAAUAGGAUAAUACCUCGCCGGUCGGGUUGUUCCCCAGUAGAUUCACAACUAGUGCUGCUCGUACGACGCUGAGGAAGACGAAUGUGCAAUAGAUUAAAAGAUCUCUUCACUGAUAGAGGAUUACGAAGAACAAAGCUUCCUGAAUAUUUCAAAACGUUGAUAUGCUCAUUGUAUUGCUUUCCCUACAGCGAAAUAAACAAAGAAGGGAACCUUCU